AUGUCUUCAACUACAAGUGUUAAUGAAGACAUCCUCACGAAAGUCCUUGGUCCUGAAAAAAAAUACAUACAUGAGAGCUUUCGGAAGAGGAGUUACUCGGUCAAAGUUGCAAAUUGUGUCAGAAAGAGAUGACCAUUUGAUGAAGAUAGAAGGUCAAUGCAAAGAUUUGAAAGACAAAAUGCAACACAUGGAGCAACUCAUUGUUUCUUUAAUGAAAAAUCAAAAUACAUCUACUCAGAGUGAGGAGCAAUCAAAUGUCAAUGUUCAAUCAAAUUCUCAUGUUCAUUCCACUCAGAGUGUCAAGAACCACACAUUUGGCUCAAAAUGCAAAAUAUUAGAUUGGAUUGGAUCUGGAGAAAUUAUUGCAGAAGGUUAUUUUAUCUCAAGUGACCCAAAGGAUGAGGUUCACCAUGUUCCUUUUGGCCCUAGUGAUAUGAAAGUGGGGAUAGAUUUUAUGACAGAUAAAGGAGAUGACAAUGAGCAACAACAGGGUCGUGGUAAAACAAGAAUAAGUUAA